UUGAAAAGCCUUGACUAGUCUUAUUGUGUUACCUGGAACAAUAAAAAGAGAUCAACUACACAAUUGUUGAUCACACACCCAACAGACGAAGACGAACUACUCUUCUUCCUAUUCUUAUGGCUGCCGUUCCUACCUUUGUGUUUCUACUACUGCUCCUUUCUGCACUUCAUAUUUCAGCAGCAGUAGCAGCUCAACAAAUCAGAUCAUCCAACAUUAGCUUAGGAUCCUCUCUCUCCCCAUCUUCCUCCACCAAUUCUUCAUGGCUUUCUCCUUCUGGUACAUUUGCCUUUGGAUUUUAUCCAAAAGGUGAUGGCUUUGCCAUUGGAAUUUGGUUUGCCCAAAUACCUCAACAAACCGUCGUAUGGACAUUAUACCGAGACGAUCCACCUUUGUCUAUCAACUCUACGUUGCUCCUUACCAAAGAUGGUAGCUUGAUCCUGCAAAAAACACAAGGCGGCCAAAACAAAUCUAUUGUUUCGUCGUCUGCCUCUCGGGCUUCCAUGUUUGACUCCGGCAAUUUCGUUUUAUAUAAUUCAAGUGGAAUGAUCUUAUGGAAAAGUUUUGAUUUCCCUACCGACACCCUUCUUCCAGGUCAACCGCUACUCGCAGGGAAUGAGCUGUUCUCUAGUCUAUCAGAUACAGAUCACUCGACUGGAAUGUUUACGCUCAACAUGCAAGGCGACGGCAACCUUGUUCAAUACCCCAACGAAAAUCCACUAACCUUCCCAAAAGCAUAUUGGGCUUCAGAUACGAAUGGGCAAGGUGACAAAGUCGAAUUAAAUCUUGAUGCUGAUGGAGGAUACCUGUAUUUGCUUAAUACUACCAAUCUUGUCACCGUAUCGAACAUAUCUUCCAGUGUAACUCCCAUCAACAGUACCAAAUUGUUAUACCGGAUGACCAUAGAUGUUGAUGGGAUUUUUAGAGUCUAUUCUAUUAGUGUGGAUGAUCAGAAGGGUAAUUGGUCGACCGAGUGGGAAUCAUCGGCCGAUAAGUGUGAUCCCAAGGGCAUUUGCAGCAUAAAUGCGUAUUGUACGUAUACUCCAAACAUAGAUACGCAGGCCGUGUGCAAAUGUGUUCCUGGUUUCGACUUCAUUGAUGGGAGUCGACCGAGUUUGGGUUGUGAGAGGAAGUCAGAUGCGGAGAAUUGUGGACCAGAAACAAUGUCUCCAUUGGAGGACACCACAUGGGAAACAAAUCCAUAUUACAUGAUUACAGCAUCCACGACUGAAGGAGAUUGCAAUGAGGCUUGCUUGGCAGACAAGUAUUGUGAAGCUGUAUCUUUUAAUUUAGAUCAGCAGUGCAGGAAACUGAGUUUCCCGAUAAGAUACGGAAGAGCUAAAGUAGAUACAACCCCCGCCAAUGCCAAGACCUCAACAUUUUAUGUUAAGGUCAGUGGGAGUUGCAGCCCUACCACUCCAAGUGAUCAGGCGGGAAUGGGAGAAAGCAAAGGCGGGCUAAGUACUAAAGGUAUCUUAAUCAUCUGUCUUUCCUUCACUUCUUGUGCAUUCAUGGUAUUAGCCUGUUGCAGCUUUCUUGUUUGUCAAAACCGAGUUUUGAAGUAUAGAAAGAUCUCAGAUAAGGCAAACAAUAUAGGAUUAGUUGAGGAGAUCGGACUUCGAUCAUUUACAUAUUGUGAGCUUGAGAAAGUAACAGAAGAUUUCAAAGAAGUGGUGGGUAGGGGAGCUUUCAGCACUGUUUUUAAAGGCAACUUAUCAAAUGGUAUGAGGAUCGUAGCUGUGAAGAAACUGGACAAAGUGUUGGCUGAAAGUGAGAGAGAAUUUCAAACUGAAAUGAGAGUGAUUGCCAAAACCCAUCAUAGAAACCUAGUUCAAUUGCUUGGUUAUUGUUGUGAUGGUCCAAAUAGGCUUUUGGUGUAUGAGUAUAUGAGCAAUGGAUCACUUGCAGAUUUUCUCUUCAAAUCUGAAAUACCACCAAGUUGGCAAGAAAGAAUGGGAAUUGCUCUCAACAUAGCUAAAGGUAUCCUCUACCUACAUGAAGAGUGUGAUACCCAGAUCAUCCACUGUGACAUAAAGCCUCAAAAUAUCCUCAUGGACGAGGACCGAUGUCCAAAGAUUGCUGAUUUUGGAUUGUCAAAGCUGCUACAGGCAGACCAAACUAGGACUCAGACUAUGAUCAGAGGGACAAGAGGGUAUGUUGCACCUGAGUGGCAUCGGAACUUGCCUGUAACAGUAAAAGCAGAUGUAUACAGUUAUGGGGUCAUGUUUUUGGAGAUAAUAUGCCUUAGAAGGGGAAUUGAUAAGAAUGUUCCAGAGGAAGAAAUCAUCCUGGUAGAUUGGGCCGACUACUGUUUCGAGGCUGGUGAGCUUGGUAAGCUUGUGGGUGACGAAGAAGUGGACUAUAGAAUGUUGGAUAGGAUGGUAAGAGUCGCAAUUUUGUGCAUCCAGGAAGACCCGUCCCUUCGUCCCUCUAUGAAGAAGGUGGUCUUAAUGUUAGAAGGGACCAUAGAGGUACCAAUUCCUCCUUGUUCAACUUCUUUUCUAAGUGCUAUGUAACCAAGUAAGAGUCGUGUAAUAUUGAAGCCAUACCAUCAACUGUAAACUAGAUGCUGUGGUGUGGCUAUAUAUUUGUAAUAAUGCUAAGAACUCUUUUUCCUCCAACUUCUCUAUCUUUAUUAUUAUGCUACAUAAUUAAAUUUUU